AUGGCACGGGUCCACCCCUUGACCUUUUGUAACUCUGAGAACUUUGAUAUCCAGGAGAUCGGCUGGGUCGGGGUCAUCAAGUUGGAGGAGCCCCACUCCGAGCCGGAAUCGUGCCGGUCCGUCUUCAGAAAGGCCAAGUUGGCGAUACAAGGCGGGGCUACUGCUGUUGUGUUUGACGUCACAGACAACUCUGGAGCACAAUCUGACCUGCAAAGAUUCCAUGAGAGGCUGACCCGCCCGGUGAUUGUGAUGGAGGGGUCAGAUGCCGUCCAGCUGAUGAAGAUUGUCCGGUCAGAUCUUCCGGCAAGAAUCCGGAUCCGCCGCGGACAACGGAGUCAGCAAACGGAUAUCAAUAAGAAAGAAUACUUUGGCAUGGCCAUCUUUGUGGCGAUCUUUUUACUCUUCUGUAUUGUCUGCGUGUUCGUCAUGCUGAAGCUAAAAUGGAGGCACAGAGAACAACAGCUGUCAGAGACCAACCACACAAAAAGAGCCAUUGCUAAACUGGAGACGAGGAAGUACCAGCAUCCCAUCCACGGUAGCCAGGUUUUUCACGCCCUGAGCUCUGAUACCAGCCUGCACAGCUCCAUAUCUGAGAGCUGCGCCAUUUGCCUGGAGGGCUACAAGCCUGGCCAGGUUCUGAGGGUACUGCCCUGUCAUCACGAGUUCCACCAGCUGUGUGUUGACCCGUGGCUGGAGAAUCAUGGCACUUGUCCGCUCUGCAAGAUCCACAUUGCUGAAAAAAAAGAAAUAGCUGUCAAUGAUAAUGGCACAGUUCUAACAGUAUCAAAUCAGCCCCAGCGACAUCGUCCCCGUCCACAGCAGCGUCAGCGCACGCGCCGCCAAAGGUCUUCAACGUACUCCUUGUUUGCACCGAGUGCAUCUGGGUCAAGGUCCAGCUUUCCGUUCCAGCUCUUCUCAUCUCAGCCAGAGUACACCCCCUUUCAAGUAGUGCACACCAGCGCCGCCCCUCGCUACUUCCAUAGCUGCUCCUCCUGUCAUGGGACCCUAGGCUCCUCCCCAUCUCCAAACUCAUUCAAUCAAAUCUCCAGGCCCGACCAGACCUGUGCUAACAAUUCUGGAUUAAUCCCUGCAGCCAGCUGUACAAACAUCAAGGAAGUAGAUGCAAAAGUCAAAAGAAAAUCUUACGUUAAACUCAAGUCUCAUGCAGCUUCUCCGUCCUACCCUCACACCAAACACUCUCAGGUAUUCCCUUCAAACACUACCCGCCCUGUUUGCGGAUGUUCGCAUUUUUCAGAAUCUAAAGGCGUUCGCACGCAGGACUCAAGGUUAUACAUUCCAUCUUCACACCCCUCGCGUCUUCUAUCUUCCAACAUUCCCAGCCUCAGAGUUAGUGCUAAGACAGUGCCAGCCCUGCCCCAGGGCAUAAGGGCCGUCAGCACCACUGCCCUCCACGGAUCCUGUUCGUCAGACGUCAACCCGAGUGAAACAUCGUGCGACUGCGACGGGAUUACACACACCUGUCGCUCACCUGCUGACAGCAACCGGAGCACCUGCGGCAGUAGCGGCCUGCACAAAGAUUCCUGUGAUAGCAGCAGCUUUGAUUCCAACAUCUACAAGGGCAAGGGGUCUUCAAGUUCCAGUGAAGAAAAGAACACCAGUGGUCACAACAGAAAUACAUAUUUUAAACCAUUUUCUCAGGGACCCAGUAAUCAUUACAAAGACACCUUGACUAUAUUUUCCACUCCCAUUUCUUUAAGACCUUCUUGUGUUUCUAAAAGGAAAAGACGGGAGUCGGAUCAAAGAGAAAUAACAAAAGAGCAUUUACUGAAACCUUUGUGGAAUUUAAACGAUUCGUUGUCGUCGCCGUGUUUAUCAGAUGCCAGUGCUGGAACCUGUUCCUGGAAGUCUUUUUCCUCAUCACAAUCCAACCUGGUCUCCUCGGAAUGUUGUAGUGAUAAUUCUUCGGAUAAUUUAAGAACCAGUGGUUGUGACGGUGACUGCGACAGUGUGGAUGGUGGAGGCGAAGCUUUGGCUUCCAGGAGCUCUGAGAGUGAUAGCAACUUUCAUGUGGUGCCGUCGCUUUCAGCAUUGACUAAACCUCCUUAUGCCCCUUUCUUCUCACAGAGGCUGAAACGUCGUCAUCGUAGAACACACAGCACCCCUGCUCGUCUUUCAUACAUGAAUGCCUACAUUUCUAGAAAGCAGAUACAAAAUUCCUCAUCUUACAGGCGCAGCAGUACUUUCUACAGCAGGAAGGAAUUCAACGAGAAGAAAGUCCAGCUCGGCAUGAGCAGUGUGGUCAAUACUUCCCUUGUGGCAUACGGGGACAUGAGUAACGUAACAGUCAGCAAGUUAGAGUCUUAUCCAUCCAGGCAACAGGAAACAGCUGGCCAGCCAGUCUUCCUGGUGCCGGACCCUGCUCAGGCUGUGUACUCAUGGAGGGUUGACCAGCACAGGAUUUACUCUAGAGUGGUGACCACAGCAACUGCCGAGACUCAACCCCCAGGGGUGCUUGUUUUCCCUGCCAGCCCAGAUCUGUCAGCGUCUGCUGGUGUCCUGCGGCCGUCAGUUCCAUCUUGCCAUGUGUGUCACCGGCCAACCACCACAGAAACUUCUAGAGAAACAGAACUUGCAGUCAGACAAUCUAGAGUUUAUUUCACUGAUCCACCAGGAAUGUUUGUUACCAUGCCAGUGACAGAGAGUGACAAUUAUCCUUCUAAAGGCAGUGCUGUUUGAGAUCAAUUCUGUACUUAGGGUUUAAAAAUAAAAAGUUACCUUCAAGAAGCUUCAUCUAGCAGUUUAAAAAUUACAAUUUUAUUAUUUCUAUUUUGUUUUUAAAGGCUUGCUGUGAAAAACAAUUCCAGUUUAAAAAUUUACUCCAAAACUUUGUUAUCGCAACAUUUUUCUGCAGAAGUAUACUUUGUUUGAUAUAGUGCAGUUUUAAUCAUUCUGAAAUGGAUUUUAUUUAUAUUUGGUAGGUGCCUUGUGUUGCUCUUAUGAAAUAAAAAUAACAAACGCCCACUUAAUUUAUUAAAAUAUAACCAGGGAAUUGUUAUGUAUAAAUACACAUAUAUAAAUGAAAAGUUCAUGGAAAAAUCUGAGAUGCAAUGUAAAUAAACAUAACUUUUGCCUUUUUACUGUGCAAUUUAGUCAUUUGAAUGUAAUAGACAUGCAAACAGUUCUGUAUCCUGAAUGGUAAUAUUAAUUUAUAAUUUUAUUGCAUUUGGGAGCUUUUUCUAUAACCAGCUCAGGAUAUAUUAUAAUUUAUUUUAGAUAUUUUAAAAAACUAAACUAGUUACGUUUGAAUUAAGACUUCAAUUACAAAUGCAAAAUAAUUUUGUUUUAUAAGAAAGUGAAUACAAAUAAGGGAGAGAAAUCUUAUUUUACACUUAACGAUGUUAAGGAAAAUAAUUUUAGUUUGCUACUUCUCUGUAUUAAAGACCUUACUCUGCAACACAAGACAAAAUUGCAGUUACUUGAGAGAUUUUUUUUCACAAACUAAAGAAAUUUCUAAAAAUAAAUGAGAAACUGUUUGAUUAUUUUCAGUGCUGUGGAAUCAAAAGUUUAAGUUUAAAAUUUAAAAUGACAUAGCUAAAAUUGGUAGAAAAUCAUUUGUAAACCUCUGUUAUUAUUAGAAUGAAAGGCUCCAUAUGUUAACUUCUGUGUUAAAACAUAUUUAUUUUCAUCUGCUAAAUUAAGUUUGUUCAUAUGUUCAUGUUUUAUUGUGAUCAAUUCAGUGAUCACAAAGUCUUGAGCUAAGUCGGCAUUUUGUCAAGUUUCUUUUUAACUAAAUUUCAUGCACUUGUUAUUCUACAAUCUCAUUAUUUUAAGUUGUUGCUCAAUUAAAUUGAUGUAAUAAAAGUAAAGUGUUACAAAUCCACAGUUGUUAAGAAACAGAAACUUUAAUAUCAGAAGCUGAGACAAGCUUAAUUCUUUUUUUUUUUAAAUUUAUUUUGAUGUACUGUUUGGUGUAAUUAAGAACAACAUUGGUACCAAAAUUUAAUUUAAAAUGCUGGUUAGACUCAAUGUUUUCCAUCCUCUCCAAUCAUUCUCACAAUACUUACUAGGGCAGUACAAAUGCAUCUGAGUAUUUGAAGGUUGUUAUUAUGGCAUUUAUUAUUUAUUGAUAUUUAUGAAACAUCUUUUUUUUUCUGUUUAUUUUUAUAAAUUAUUUUCAAUUAAAAAAAAACAAUUAAUGCAGUGUGCCAAUGAGGUUAAGUUGGAUUUUAGAUGAGACUUUUUAAAAAAUAUUUUUUAUUAUUUUAUAUUUAAUUCAAAUCAAACCUUU